AUGCCUGACAACACCUGGUUCACUCCCUAUGUUCUGCCAAACAAAGACUGCCUAAGCAUUGCCGCUUCUCAGGGAGUUGCCUACAAGCUGUCAGAGCAUCAUGUCCUCAAGAUGCCGUACCAGUAUCCCGUGAAGGCCACAGAAUCGUUUGACAUGGACGAAGCCGUUGAACAGCUUGAGCUCUCGCAAUCCAGCAUCGAUAGCUUCCAUUGCGAACGAGCCUUCUAUCGAGUGCUGGAAAGCACAGGGCAGCAUGACAUCGUCAAAGUUGACCAUUCGACAUUCGAAGACGCAAUUCUACUUGAACAUCUGCAGCCACUCGAGACAGUUUGGCAUGAUGCAUCAGUCAAGUCUCGCCUUUGCUGGAUCAGGCAACUACUAAGAGCCAAUGCAAAAAUCGAGGAGCUGGGGUAUACGCACGGCGACUUGGCAAUCAGAAACAUGGGAGUGGAUAAGAACAACGAUCUCAAGCUGUUCGACUUUGGCUCAGUCCAUUAG